GGGCGGCGCCUGCGCAGUGGCCAUUAUUUACAUGUAGCGUGUGUCCCCCGCCUGGCUGUAUCAGCUGAGACCUUUGAGGAGCGGCGUCCACGUGAAUAAUGGCCGAUAAGCUGAACGACCUGGCUGGGCGCCUGGGCAAGGGUCCCCGAGGCCUGGGUACCGGCCUGAAGGUGCUAGCGGCUGCCGGAGCCGCAGCCUACGGCCUGUCACAGUCACUUUACACAGUUGAGGGUGGUCACCGUGCCAUCAUCUUCAGCCGAAUUGGUGGAAUUCAGCCAGACAUAUACACUGAAGGAUUACAUUUUCGCAUACCUUGGUUCCAGUAUCCAGUCAUCUAUGAUAUCAGGGCUCGCCCAAGGAAGAUCACUUCUCCUACAGGAAGCAAAGAUUUGCAAAUGGUGAACAUUUCUCUGAGAGUUUUGUCAAGACCUGUGGGUACAUCCAUUCCAAUUAUUCAUCAAACUCUGGGUCUUGACUUUGAUGAGAAGGUUCUUCCAUCUAUAUGCAAUGAAGUUCUUAAGUCUGUUGUAGCAAAAUUCAAUGCAGCCCAGUUGAUUACCAUGAGACAGCAGGUUUCACUGAUGAUACGUCGUGACUUGACCCAGCGUGCAGAAGACUUCAACAUCAUUCUUGAUGAUGUGUCUAUUACAGAGCUGAGUUUUGGUCGGGAGUACACUUCGGCUGUAGAAGCUAAACAGGUAGCACAGCAGGAGGCCCAGAGAGCCUCCUUCGUUGUGGAGCGUGCCAGACAGGAGAGGCAACAGAAAAUUGUCCAGGCUGAGGGUGAAGCAGAAGCUGCUAAAUUGUUAGGAACAGCUAUUAGCAUGAAUCCUGGCUACCUGAAACUGCGCAAAAUCAAAGCAGCUGUAAACAUUGGCAGGACGAUAUCACAGGCACAAAAUCGUGUGUACCUAGGAGCCGAUACGUUGAUGCUGAACAUUAACGACAAGGAAUAUGACAACAACGUUAAGCGUGUAGCUAAGUAACGCACAAGGUUUUAUAGGCCAUUUUAAGUGGAAGAAGUUAGAUGCAAGCAUUCUAUGGAUAAAUGCAGCCUCUAUUAGUGAUGACCAGUGUGCUUCAAGAAGGGCUCCAAAAGUGCAUAUUAAAUGUUUCGCGUAAAGCAAUGCGGUUUUAAGUAUAUAUGCUAUGAUUAAUCUUAUUUCUUUGUAUUGUAUAUGGCUUAAUUUUUUCAUAAUUACUUUGUAUUGUAUAAUUAAUAAUUUGUUCAAAAUUAGUUACUAGUUUGCCAGAUUAGAAAACUCUCAAUGCUGACUGAUAUUUCAGGUUCCACUGAAGUUUGUUUUCCUAAUGAAUAUUGAGGAGUUGUCCAGUGCAUUUUGUUAAUAAUUUUUGUGGCAAGGGGCUUAUACAUGUACAGGUGAGUGACAGACUACUAGUAACACUGUAAAUACUAUAAUUGUGUACAUCAUUUACAAAUAAAUUGACAUUGGAUGCCA